AUGGUUCUGCUUGCAGCUGGGGUUCUGACAGCGUCUGCCCUUUUUCUGGCCUACCGCUACCUGUAUCCUAAAUUGCCUCCACCCAGACUUCAAGUCGAUAGCAUCGACGAUGAUGACUUGAAGGAGAGGGAGACACUCACGUUUCCCGGUGUAUCCACCCGGGAGCAAAAUGACUCAAAUCAUUUAGAAAAUCACGAACUCGAACAUGUACAGAGCGAGACGCCAGACUCACCAGACACCACCCCCAAACAGAAACCCCAAGAUGACAGAAAUCUCAUGCCACCACCCCUCCUCCUCAACGGCAAAACCAAACCCGGCUCUUCUCUGAUGCCACCACCACCUCGCCCAACCGCGAAUAUCCCAAAACCUUCCAGCGCCCUUCGGCCACCCCCUUCAGCAGCCUCAACAUUACGCACACCACCGACCCGCUCGUCUCCACAAACAAAAUCCAACACACUCGCACCAUCCACAUCCACUCUCCCACCCCUCUCUCGCCCCUCGAAGAAAGUCCUUCUCUCUCCAGGCCACUCGCCCCUCGACUGGGCGGCCCUCACAAAAUCGCCUCCAAGCGCCUCUUACCUGCGCGGGGCAGACGUUCCAGCCGAUCGCAUGAUCCGCGUGACCCCUUCAAUGUUGAAGUAUUACACAGGAAGGAAAGGGAAAGAUGCUUGGGGCGUUUUUGGUGGGAAGGUGUACAAUAUGACGAGAUAUCUGGACUUUCAUCCUGGCGGGAAGGAUGAGAUCAUGAAGGGUGCUGGGAGAUUGGAUGGGACGGCGCUGUUUUUGGAGGCACAUCCUUGGGUUAGUUGGGAGAGUAUGCUAGGAGAGUGUUGCGUGGGUAUUUUGGUUGGGGAAGGGGAGGGGGAGGGGGAGAAGGGGAGUCGAGAUAGGGAGCGGAUGGAGCAGAUGGAUUGA